CUCUACUAAUAAAAAUAAAAAAUGCAGUAAAAAGUGUAAAUUAAUUGUGGAAAAUAUAUACAAAUGGCAAUCCAAAAGCCCGGCGAGUGGGCGAACUCGCUUUUGGCCCGUUUCGAGGACCAGCUCCCCAACAAAAUUGGACCACAUAGCACACAGGCGCGUAUCAGUCAAGAUCAGCUGAGCGCAUGUCUCAUACAUAUUUCUCGCUAUCGUUUCUCACUGGUAAUAUCCGGACUCACUAAAAUACUGCAACGCGUUAAUGAGGCGUCUUUCCAAAAUCGUCAUGACGCGGAGCGUUGUUAUUUCGAAUCGCUUGUCAUCAUACUUACUACACUCGAACGUUGUUUGGCCAACCAGACCAAGGAUACUGCGCGUUUCGAAGAGGCAAUGAAUGUUAAGCUAUUGCUACGUGAAAUUUCACAAUUAAUCGAUGUACAGAGUGACAGUAAUCCCAAUGCAGCACAGUUGAAGGCCAUUGCUUCAAAAGUGCUUUUUGCACUCUCACAAAAUCACUUUUCAGCGGUCUUCAAUCGCAUUUCAGCGCGUAUACAAGAGUUGACCACAUGCUCGGAUGAGAAUCCCGACUACUGUGACAUUGAAUUGAUACAACACAUUGAUAUGGAUAUAAAUAAAUUGACGAAAUUGUUACAAGAAUUUCUUUUUCAUGAAACAGUGUCCAAGUCAAGAUCGAAGCGGGCGCCACCACUCCUAUUGUUGCACUCGUUGGAAAAGGCUAUUUGGAAUUGGAUCGAAUAUCAUCCACAUGAGUUUCAGGAUUUGCAACGCGGCAUUACAACUAAGGAAAUAUCUGGUUGUUGGGAAGCUUUGCUGGAAUUCGUUGAAGCGUACAAAUUAGAGAAUAAGAAGAAUAAAACUACUGUAUGGCCGCUGCAGAUGCUACUGCUUAUACUUAAUCCUAGUUGCUUGGAAGCCACGGUCAAUGAAUUACAACAAUCUGAGAAGGAGAAAGACAAAGAAAAAUAUAAAGAUAAAGAUAAAUCAUCAUCCGCACAACCUUCCGCACAGACGACACGUGACAAAGAGCAAUCGGCUAAACAGUUUAUUGAGGGUGUUAAGCGCGGACUGGGCCCACACUCACCCUCCAAACAAGUCACCGAGUAUGCUGCCAUCGCAUGCGUGAAACUUUGCAAGGCCUCAACCUAUGUGAAUAUCAACGAUUCGAAUAAUGUUAUCUUCAAGCUGGUACAGUACGUCAUUAAUGAUUUGAAGGCGUUGCUCUUCAAUCCGGUAAAGCCAUUUUCGCGUGGACAAGCGUACAAUUAUGCCGAUAUUGAGCUAAUGAUCGAUUGCUGGGUCUCGCUCUUCCGCAUUAACCCUCACAAUAUUGACACUUUGAAGGUGUGCUUAAAUCUGUCGUCACCGCAGGCGUAUCAUUUCGUGAUUGUAUGCUCGUUAUUGAGAUUAACGCACAUUCAUGUUGAUUUUCGACUGCAAAAUAAAAAUCCAUUUCGGACCAUUAAUCAGCCCUCGCUGCCUUGGUGGCCCGAAACGAAUGUCGUACAUUACCGUUCAGCAGAGCUGCGUGCACUCUUCACUGACACAUUAAAUAAAGCUACACAGGGUUAUAUCGCACAUACGCCUUUGCGUAUGAUCACAUCUUUGACGCUAAAAUCGAAAGAUACCCAAAAAGGUUUAGCGCGCUCUGAAGAAGGACCUGCGCACAAAAUGCUGCUGCUGCUCAUGGUUCGACUUAUACAUGCCGAUCCCACCUUAUUGUUGAAUACCCAAGGCAAAGUGGCACAUGAAAUGCAAAGCUCCUCGCUCGAACUCAUUAAUGGUCUAGUGAGUUUAGUACACCAACCCACCAUGCCGGAUGUAGCUCAGGAAGCUAUGGAGGCACUCCUCGCUCUGCACUCGUUCGACAAAAUUGAAUUAUGGAAUCCGCAGGCGCCAAUGAAUUGCUUCUGGGAUGUCAGCUCGCAGGUGCUUUUCUCGAUUUCACAGAAGCUUAUACAACAUCAGAUCGCCAAUUAUACAGAUGUGUUGAAGUGGAUGCGUGAGAUAUUGAUUUGUCGCAACGCGUAUCUGCAGCGGCACAAAAAAUAUGCGUUGGUCGGGCAUGAGUUGCAGAUUUGUCGGCAGGCGCGCAUCAAGCUGGAAGUUGUGUUCUUCAUGUACCUGUGGUCAGUCGAUUUGGAUGCAGUACUGACUUCGCUAUCCUGCUUUGGCCUGCUGUGCCAAGAGUCUGAUAUAUUGCUGACAGCAGACGAUGCGGCGACAGUGUUGCCGGUGGCCAAUUAUCAAAUCUAUCAGGAUCUAACGCAGUUAGCGAAUUCCGCUACUGAUACGCGCAUCUGCUUCUACGAAACCAAUCAUGGAAAUGCAUUUAGCCGCCUUACGCUACAACGACGUAUGAUGAAUUUGCUCCGUAAAAUCGAGCACUGCGUGGAUGGCGUGCAAACUGCUUGGGAGGAGACUUUUAGAAACUGGGAGCUCACUAGCAAAGUGCUGCAAACAUAUCCUAAAUGCAAGACAGACGAUGCUCAAGCUGAGCUCUUUCAUCGUGGUGUUGGCAAGCGUCGCGCAAGUCAUCAAAGUUCCGAGCACGAUCUGGAGGAGCACAUAACCGAAUGGGCUAACAUGACUUGGUUUCUGCUGACGCUUGGCGGUGUUUGUCUACAAAAGCGUUUGGCUGCGCGUUGGAAGCAAAUGCAACAGCAGAAUACUGCCGCAAAUGUGGGCGCAACUAGCGGUUUGGCUUGUGGUCCGGGUAAUCUCUUGCAAUCGCACAACAACUUGGCACAUUCGCAGAACACACUAGCUGCAUCAGGCAGCAUGACUUCUAUUUCCUCGAUACCAGCUGUAUCGCUCUAUUCCCUCUACUCAUGCUCCACCAGCUCUGGACGCGGUUCACUGCUACAUCCAAGCACAAUUUCUUUGUCUACUAUAGUGCAAGCGCCGCAGCAGGAUUUGCAAUACUGCCCGGUGACACAAUUCAUUGGUCAACUGUUGCGUUUGCUCGUGUGCAACAAUGAGAAGAUUGGCUUGAAUAUACAGAAAAAUGUUAAAGAGUUGAUUGGUGAGGAAAUGACACCACAACUUUAUCCCAUACUCUUUGAUCAGAUACGUUCGAUCGUUGAGAAGUUUUUCGAUCAGCAGGGGCAAGUGAACGUUACCGAAAUCAAUACACUAUUCAUCGAACAUGUUAUUUACAUUAUGAAAUCCAUAUUGGAUCCUAAAUCCACCAAAGACCCAAACAACGAACAAGCAGCCUCUUCAGAGUACCUGAGUGUGACGAGCAUUGAGGGCAUGAUGCUGGGCAUUGUGCGAUAUGUGCGUCAUCUGGAUAUGACUGUAUUUGCAAUACGCACGAAGACAAGACUCUGCACAUUGGUAGAGGUGAUGAUGAAGCGACGUGAUGAUUUGGCAUUCCGUCAGGAAAUGAAAUUUCGCAACAAAUUAGUAGAGUACCUGACCGAUUGGGUGAUGGGCACCACGCACCAGAUAGCGCCAUCGAAUUCAAAUGAACCAACGCCUUCCAAUCCCUCCACAAUAUUUCGCGACCUCGAUCAAGCCUGCAUGGAAGCUGUAGCCGCAUUGCUACGCGGCCUACCCCUCCAGCCAGAGGAGUCAGAUCGCGGCGACUUAAUGGAUGCCAAGAGCGCGCUAUUUCUCAAGUAUUUUACACUCUUCAUGAACCUAUUGAAUGACUGCAUUGACAGCUCUGAGGCUGAGAAGGAGCUUAAUAAUCCACCACUACUUCCACCUCGCCCACCUGUACAAGGCAACAAACUUACCGCACUACGUAAUUCUACUAUACAAGCUAUGUCCAACCUAUUGGGCGCCAACAUAGACUCAGGCCUCAUGCAUUCUAUCGAUCUGGGCUAUAAUCCUGACUUGCAAACGCGCGCCGCAUUCAUGGAGGUGCUCACACAAAUCUUGCAACAAGGCACUGAGUUUGAUACGCUUGCCGAGACGGUGUUAGCCGAUCGCUUUGAGCAGCUAGUGCAGUUGGUUACAAUGAUAUCGGAUAAGGGUGAGCUGCCGAUUGCUAUGGCGCUAGCAAAUGUGGUGACCACUUCACAAAUGGAUGAGUUGGCGCGUGUGCUGGUCACACUGUUCGAUGCCAAGCAUUUGUUGUCGCCACUAUUGUGGAAUAUGUUCUAUCGUGAAGUGGAAAUAUCCGAGUGUAUGUCGACACUGUUUCGGGGCAAUUCGCUGGGCAGUAAAAUAAUGGCAUUCUGUUUUAAAAUUUAUGGCGCCAGUUACUUGCAGAAUUUGUUGGAGCCGCUUAUACGGCCGCUACUCGAUGAUCCGAACACUAGCUAUGAGGUGGAUCCGGCGCGGCUUGAGCCGGGUGAAGACUUGGAGCGCAACAAGGAAAAUCUGAUGGCGCUUACCAAACGAUUUUUUGAUGCGAUACUGAACUCAGUGGAUCGUUUUCCCUCACAAUUGCGCUCUAUGUGCCACUGCCUCUAUCAGGUGCUGAGCAAACGCUUUCCCACUGUGCUGCAAACCAAUAUCGGAGCCGUGGGCACUGUAAUUUUUCUGCGCUUCAUCAAUCCGGCAAUUGUCUCACCACAAGAGCUCGGCAUUGUUGGCCGCCAAGUGCCCGCUUCGGUCAAGCGCGGUCUUAUGUUGAUGUCGAAAAUUUUGCAAAAUAUUGCCAAUCAUGUUGAAUUCUCCAAAGAGCAGCAUAUGGUUUCUUUCAAUGAUUUUCUACGUACGCGCUUUGAACAGGGGCGUCACUUCUUCGUACAAAUUGCUUCGGAUUGCGAAACUGUUGAUCAGACUUCGCACAGCAUGAGCUUCAUCUCGGAUGCCAAUGUACUGGCGCUACAUCGCCUGCUCUGGACCCAUCAGGAACGCAUUGGCGACUAUUUAUCCAGCAGUCGUGACCAUAAGGCGGUUGGGAGACGACCAUUCGAUAAGAUGGCUACACUGUUGGCUUACCUGGGACCGCCGGAGCAUAAGCCCGUGGACUCGCACAUGAUGUUCUCAUCGUAUGCACGCUGGAGUUCCAUCGAUAUGUCAUCAACGAAUUUCGAAGAAAUUAUGGUUAAACAUCAAAUGCACGAGAAGGAGGAAUUUAAAACUUUGAAAACAAUGAAUAUUUUCUAUCAAGCGGGCACAAGCAAGUCUGGUUUCCCAGUAUUUUACUACAUCGCAAGGCGUUACAAAAUUGGCGAAACGAAUGGCGAUCUCCUCAUCUAUCACGUUAUACUCACGCUCAAACCUUUCUGUCACUCGCCCUUCGAAGUAAUCAUCGAUUUCACGCACACCUGUUCGGAUAAUCGCUUCCGCACAGAGUUUCUACAGAAAUGGUUUUAUGUGCUGCCAACCGUUGCUUACGAAAAUGUGUACGCUGUUUACAUUUACAACUGCAAUUCGUGGGUGCGCGAAUAUACCAAAUUUCAUGAUCGCAUACUAGCGCCGUUAAAGGGCAACCGUAAACUAGUGUUCCUAGAUACACCGAAUAAACUGAAUGAAUUCAUCGACACCGAACAACAAAAACUGCCAGGUGCCACACUAUCACUGGAUGAAGAUCUGAAGGUCUUCAGCAAUGCACUCAAACUGAGUCACAAAGAUACCAAAGUGGCCAUUAAAGUUGGUCCCACUGCAUUACAAAUCACAUCAGCUGAGAAAACCAAAGUAUUGGCACACUCAGUGCUGCUCAACGAUGUUUAUUAUGCCUCGGAAAUUGAGGAAGUUUGUCUGGUGGAUGAUAACCAAUUUACGCUUUCUAUUACCAAUGAAAGCGGCCAGCUAAGUUUCAUACACAACGAUUGUGACAACAUUGUACAAGCAAUUAUACAUAUACGCAAUCGAUGGGAGUUGAGUCAACCUGACUCGGUGACGGUGCAUCAGAAAAUACGUCCCAAAGAUGUGCCGGGCACGCUGCUCAAUAUGGCAUUACUUAAUCUUGGCUCUUCUGAUCCGAAUCUGCGCACUGCCGCAUACAAUUUGCUUUGUGCGCUCACCGCUUCCUUUGAUCUGAAAAUCGAGGGGCAGCUGCUAGAGACAUCUGGCCUAUGCAUACCAUCGAACAACACUAUUUUCAUUAAAUCUGUCAGUGAGAAACUGGCCACUAAUGAGCCACAUUUGACGCUGGAGUUUCUGGAGGAGUGCAUACAAGGUUUCCAGCGCAGCACAAUUGAGUUGAAGCAUUUGUGUUUGGAAUAUAUGACGCCGUGGUUGAAGAAUUUAGUGAAAUUCUGCAAAUCCAACGAUGAUGCCAAAAAAUUGAAGGUGUCACAAAUUCUAGAUAAGCUGAUAUUGGUCACCAUUGAGCAGAAGGAAAUGUAUCCAUCAGUGCAAGCGAAGAUUUGGGGUUCGAUUGGCCAAAUACCCGAGCUAAUCGAUAUGGUGCUCGAUAAUUUCCUACACAAAUCCAUUACAUAUGGCUUGGGUUCCCCACAUGUGGAGAUUAUGGCUGACACAGCUGUGGCGCUAGCUUCUGCCAAUGUGUUACUCGUUUCGAAGAAGAUUAUAACGCGCAUGUGUCGCGUUAUGGACAAGACCUGUACAAAUCCAACACAGUUCCUGGAACAGCAUAUGAUGUGGGAUGACAUUGCCAUACUGGCGCGUUACCUGCUCAUGUUGUCGUUCAACAAUUGUCUCGAUGUGGCCACGCAUUUGCCCUAUCUUUUUCAUAUUAUCACGUUUUUGGUCUGUUCCGGCUCAGUGUCUAUGCGUGCUUCCACACACGGACUGGUCAUCAACAUCAUUCACUCGCUAUGUACCUGCACUAAACCGACUUUCUCCGAGGAGGCGCAACGUGUACUGCGUCUAUCGCUUGAUGAAUUCUCUCUAUCAAAGUUCUAUUUACUCUUCGGCAUAAGCAAGGUAAAGUCGGCUGCUGUGACCGCCUUCCGUUCCAGUUGCCGCCAUCCAUCCGACAAGUGGCUGGGCAAUGAGCGUGUUUCGCAACCAUUGCCAGCUGAUCGCGAACGUCUCUCUUUACCCUCACUGGAAGUAAUUGCCGAUGCAUUGCUCGAAAUAAUGGAGGCUUGCAUGCGCGACGUGCCCGAUUGCCAGUGGCUGCAGACGUGGACGUCGUUAGCGCGUUGUUUCGCUUUCUGCUACAAUCCAGCGCUUCAACCGCGUGCGCUCAUAGUUUAUGGUUGUAUUAGCAAGAGUGUUACCGAUCAGGAAGUGAAACAAUUGUUGCGCAUACUAGUAAAAGCGUUGGAGUCAUUCAAUGACAUCAUACUCAUAGAGGCAUUGGUUAUGUGCUUGACACGCAUACAACCACUCCUGCGACCUGAAUCACCCAUACAUCGCGCGCUCUUCUGGGUCGCUAUAUCUGUGUUGCAAUUGGACGAGGUCACACUGUAUGGCGCCGGUCUUGCGUUGCUCGAACAAAAUCUGCAUACACUAAAGUCGCAAGGCUGCUUCGAGCAUGAGAGCAUUGCUGAUGUUAUGAUGAAUACGCGCGAGAAACUCGAGUGGCAUUUCAAGCAGUUGGAUCAUGCGGUGGGCCUAUCGUUCCGCAGCAAUUUUCAUUUCGCGCUUGUUGGCCAUUUGCUAAAAGGUUUUCGUCAUCCCACACCCACAACUGUCUCACGUACAUCGCGCGUGCUCACCAUGUUGCUGGGCAUUGUCGCCAAACCGUUGCGUCGUGACAAGUUCGAAGUCACACCGGAUAGCGUUGCCUAUUUGACGGCGUUGGUCGCCGUUUCGGAAGAGGUGCGCUCGCGCUGUCACGUUAAGCAUGCCAUACCGCGUUGGCCCGCCGAUUUGAGCAUAAUGGAAAAUGGCGAAACGGCUUUGAAUGGCAACCAGAAUACUCUCGGCAUGCCGCUUUCGCGUCGCCAAAAGUCGUGGGACAUUCUUGAUCAGUCUGCUUUGCAAUUUGCUCGUCAUCACAAAGGCCCUACACAUCAGGGCGCGAAGGUUUUAUUUAAAACACAACGCUCAUUUUCGGUGCCGACCACCAAAGAACCGAAUAAUUCGAGCGCUAUCGAAGAACGUCAGGAGCGCGGCUCGCGUUCAUCUGUCUCAAAUGAGUCGAAUGUGCUGCUAGAUCCUGAAGUGCUCUCCGAUUUGUCCACCCAGGCAUUGGUGUUGACCGUUUUGGCCACAUUGGUGAAAUAUUCAACGGAUGAGAACGAGACGCGCGUGCUCUAUCAGUACCUAGCCGAGGGUUCGGUGGUUUUCCCCAAGGUUUUUCCAGUUAUUCAUUCUCUGCUGGAUCAGAAGAUCAAUAAUAUACUCUCUGUCUCACAUGAUCAAGUCGUUUUGAAUUCAGUACAAAGUAUCAUACAAAAUAUGCUGGCCAGCGAGGACCCCUCACAGCAGCAGUUACAUUUUCUGCAAAGUUGCGGUUUUGGUGGACUCUGGCGUUUCGCCGGACCCUUUACAAAGUACAACAUGAUGGGCGAAUCAUCUGAGUUAUUCGUUAACUGCUUGGAGGCUAUGGUAGAGACAUGUCUGCCGGGUGAUGAUGCAGUACCGGUGCCACCAUCUCCACGUCCAUACAAUUUAAGUUCGAGCCUGAGCAGUCUGACUUUGGGCUCACCAACAGAUAAAGCAGCAUGAAUAACAACUAGCCAACGUCAACGCGGCAGACGUACAACACUUUUUGAACGGGUAUUUCGUUUUCUAAAUUUUUUCAAAAAAUGUUUUUAAACCAAGAAGAGAUAAAUGGCGAAAAAUUGGAAAAUGACUUCUUAAAACUUUCGAAGCAAGCAAGGUGAAAAGAAAAGCAGUAAGUCGAACGGAAAAGGCUAAAUGCUAAGUGAAAUGAAUGUGAAGACGAAUACUGAAAGUAGAGGUAUGUUAUUAUAAAUGUAAUGAGGAGCGAUGUGAAGCGCUACGCAGGCGCGCCAUGAAUGUGCCAAGCAGUCGAAACAGACACACAUGUAUGUAUGUAUGUAUGUAUGUACAUAUGUAGUUGUACACAAAUGUGUGCAUGAUUGAUAACAAAUUAAAUGUAAGUGCGAAGGAUAUGCCUGUAUAUGAGUAUGUAUCUAUGUAUGUAGUAGGCGUAAGGAUAAAAGGACACCAGCAAACAAAGAAACUGAACAACCAACCACCAGCAUCGAAUUUAGCUGUAAUAUCACAACAAAAGUAAAAGUAAAAGUAAAAGUAAAAACAAAAUAAAAGUAAAACAAAGCAAGUUAAAAAAUAAAAACAAAUACGAAGCCACAACUAAAUUAAUUUUGAAACCAAGUAUGUAUUAUUUUUACUUGUAUCUAUGUACGUGUUGGGUAAACACAAAAAAAAAAAACAAGCAAAAGUAACAAAAAUAUGUGUAUAUUAGCGCAAGUUGUGCGUUCGUAUAUUGCGUGUAUGUUUGUAAAAUUGUUAUGUGUGUAUGUUUGUGCGUUUUUUUUUGCUUAGUAUGCGUUUAAUUUUUGCAUUAUUGUUCAUGCAUUUUUUUUUAAAUCUUUUCUUUUUGUUAUUUAACACUUAAGCUUGCAAAGUUACUAUCAAAUGUGAAAAAAGUUACAAAUGUAAGUUACUAACACACACUAACGAAAUCUUAAGCACCUUUAGUUAUUUAAAAAAAAAAAAUCAAGCGAAUACAAUUUUCCAAUUGGAAGUCGGUUUUGUGAGUUGUGGGAUUCUGAGAUUUUUUUUCAAAUUCAAAAGUUUAAGUUUGUCUUUAUAACCAAGAUCAGUUACAUAUAUCUAGGGAUGCAAUAUCGGUCAUAAAAUCAUCGAUAAUGGAGAUAUAAGCAACAAAAAAAUAUCAGCUGAUCGAAAUAUCGAUACCUUAUGAGUUUAAAAUCAAUGUUGGAGAAUUUUAUUUUAGUUAUGUCUAGGGGUGCAAUAUCGGUCAUAAAAUUAUCGAUAACGGUCAUAUCGAUUUUACCAACAAAAAAUAUCGGCUGAUCGAUAUAUACAUAUAUAAAGCAUGAAUAUCGGUUCAAAAUCAAUGUUGAGAAAAUUUAUUUAAA